GAACCUCGAGCUCAAACUCCCCACCAUCAUUCGGUAAAGAUGCUGUGAAGCUGAUGUGCUCAUUUUUCAGGUAGAGGCUCUGCUUCUCAACCACCAUCGAUCCUGCAAGUUCCUGAACCUUCUCCGCGAAAAGGAACUAGAUCGGCUCCCAUUACUCGGGCGAAGAUUUUAUUUGGUUACUUUAACGAGGCCAACUCCGCCCUUGCGAUCAACCGGACCGCCUCCGGUCCGGUUCGCGUAUAAAAGGAGAGUGGAAAAACCCUCAAGCCCACCUUCCCGCCGCCUCUGUUUCUCACGCAGCCGCGACCGAUGCUGCGACUACUCACCGCGACUUCUCGCCUCCGUCUUCUCACCGUGACCGACGCUUGCCGCUACCGGCUACCGACGCUUGCCGCGACCUCGCUGCACACCGCCACGAACGAUCUUUGUCCUAAUCACAUCUCAGGAGUUGCCUGUGGGAAGUUGGAAACUUCAAAUUUUAAAUUUCAACAAUGGGGAGGUUAUACGGUCUACCGUUGCCCAGCUGUCGCUCGUUUGUCUUCAGUGGCUAAUAAAGAGAGCAGUCAUCCUACAGAGGCUGUAGAGGAGUUAUAUCAGAAAAUGCUCAAAUCUGUUGAAGCUCAAACCAUGCCUCCAAAUGCUUGGUUGUGGUCUCUAAUCAGCAACUGUUUGAACCGAGAGGACAUAAAGCUUCUUUUCCAGAUAUUGCAGAAACUUCGAAUAUUUAGGCUAUCCAACCUUCGUAUACAUUCAAAUUUCAACUCUCAUCUUUGUAUGAGAGUUUCUGAGGCGUGCACUCGUGCAGAUGCCCUUGACUAUGGGUUAAAGGCUUUAUGGAAACAUAAUAUCUAUGGUUUAACUCCAAGCAUUGGUUCUGCUCAUUACUUACUGUCAUAUGCUAAAGAGCACAAUGAUGACAAACUAAUGGUAAAGAUUAUGCGGGUCUUGGAAAAGAACUCGAUGUCGCUUCAACCAGGUACCGCAGACAUAGUCUUCAGCAUUUGUCACAACACAAACAAAUGGGAUCUGAUUUCCAAGUAUUCAGCAAGGUUUCUUAAGGCUGGAGUAAAACUUCAUCAAACAGCAUUUGAUAUUUGGAUGGAAUUUGCUGCGAAAAUUGGAGAUGUUCAAUCUAUUUGGAAAAUUGGGAAGCUCAGAGAAAAAUUUGUAAAGCGACCAACACUUUCAAAUGGGUUUUCAUGUGCUAAGGGACAUCUGCUUGAACAUAACCCAGAGACUGCUGCUGCUACCAUUCAUAUUCUCUACAAGAACCUGCCAGAUCUGAAGAAGCCACAAGUCAUAGAUGAACUGCAGAAACUAAUUAGUCAAUGGCCACAGGAGGUUAUAAGGAAACAGAAGAAGGAAGACAAACAGGCAUUAAUUGAAGCCCUGAAAAGGGAUAUCCCUGACAUGGUCAGUUCUUUGUUAAACAUGGGGCUUGACGUUACUAUGGACCUAAAAGAACUCAGCAAACAAGAAGCAUGAAAUCCAGAGAAGAUGAGGAUUUUGCGUGUCACCUUGUUUUUAAGUUAUCCAAAUAUUUUUUGUGUUGUAAUGCAUCUGGAUGCUUCGUUCCAACAAGUUGUAGAAAUUCGUCAUUUUUACUCACCUUUUUAACGAUAUAAUUCGAAAUUAUGCAGGAGUUGUAGGAUAAGCAAAUCCAUAUUGACUAUUUUGAUCGAAGGAAUGUUCAUCACAGUUUCUUUGUCGGUCAUAAUUCAUAAUAGUUCUUGCCCUUGAGAGUAGGGCUCGACUCCCACAAAUUGUACAAACAAUGAAUUGAAUUGGAAUUUGAAAAUCAUCAAAUAUGAAUGUGAUUUUGUGUCCUUUUUAGUAUAUGAGCAACAAGCUCAAUCAUUCGUUAAUCUAUGAUGCAGGAGAACGUUGUUUUGUAUGCAUCUGCGACCCA